AUGAUAUCGCAUGAGUACUGGGAAUCCUACCAUGAACAGCUUGGUGCCCUUGACCUCACCUGUCAUCCGACAUCGUUCAUCCCCCGGGAUUGGGCCCUUAAUGUCGCCGAUAUAGCAAGUGAAUGGGUCGAGCAGCAGUUUGCAGCUCAUAUAGCAGGCAGACCGUUGGUGCCCGCGCCGCCCGAACUUGACCCGGAAACUACGGUUGCUUGCAAACAGUUGGCCUCCGUGCUGGCAGAGGCCUAUCAACACCCCGUAAAACUGGAUAUCAACGUCAUCCGGUACAACGAGGCGUUGGCCAAACGGGAGUCGGGACUGAAUGAUUCUCAUGAAGAAGCAUUAUUGGCGAAGUUCCCCCCCGCUGAGCGCCUGGUGUUGGAACGCCCAUCGGUGGUGAUCGAUGCUGGCUAUCGGAUAAUACUCUGGUACCUUCCGGGUGCACUUAACUGGUCGGUGAAGAGCAUCACCAGUGGGAAGACGUCCACGGGACAGGCGAGUAAAUGGAGAACCCACUCAACCAAUUUUUAUGCCUCCCAAGAGCCGCAGUUAAAGCCCGGGUGCAUCAAUAUAUCGCCUUGCUGGUUUCAACAGGGACACGAGUGUCAUGGGCCCCCGCCUGUGAACCCGGAAGAUGGCUUUAUGCCCGAAGUCUCCACUACCUUGAAGGGCGACAGGAGCCUGUCAGUCAUCAGAGAUAUGCAAUGUCCGGGUCUCGUAUCUUCAGCCGCCCUUCGUGUAAUGCACCCGCAGUUAUACCGUGCAUCUAUAUCCACUCAUAUAGAGCUUGGGCAUUGGGCGGCCAAGCAAGGACUGGAUGAUAUGUGCAGGUUCCUUCAACAUUGGACAUCCGUCUACACAGGAGCGGCAAUCAUGUGUAACAGGAAGUCACCAAGCCAUCGAGAUCCGAAAUGCCCCCCGGAAGGUUUCGAUAUCCUUACCUGCAUAGGCGGCUAUGGCCAUGGCAUAAUGCAAUUGACCAACUUGGGCAUCGAGCUCGCUUAUGAUCUGGGUGUUAUGGUUAGCUAUUCUGGCCGGCUCAUGAGGCACGGCGUUCAAGUUGCUGAGGGAGACAGAAUCGUCUGGGCUUGGUUUAUGCGCGAUAGUGUGCAUAAUUAUGCUCGGACCCCGCGUACAGAGUAUGCAAAAUAUAAUCUCGCGGAUUUUGCGAUAUACCACCUAGCCCAAUACAAUCAGGCAGAUUUCAUUUGGUACCGCGCGUUGUAG